CAAGCCAAAAAAAAAAAACAAAAGAAGAAACAGAGCCAAAGACACAUACUCUAGUAAAAUGUCUGCCUCAUUGUUCCCCUUCUUUCUAGUCCUAUUGUUGUCUUCCUCAUUACAUGUUUCUAUGGCUAUCCGUGACAUCCCAUCUAGUGUUCCAAGCACGAUGAGGCCUGCAUCCGUAGAUUAUGUGAAGAUGAAUACGGAGGUGACUCAUAGGCAUCAGGUUUUUCGUGACAGAGAAGUGGAGGGCUGCCUUCCCAAAGGUUAUAAGCAUUCAUCAGCUCCGAGCCGCUAUGUUAAUUAUCAACCUCUUGGCUCCUGCACUUCCAAGCCUGACCCAACAAAACCGUGAUUGCUGGAUGUUUGAGAUGAUAAGAAUGGAUAAAUUAUGAGGUGAAGUUUGGAAUAUAAGAACUAUAUAUUUUUGUAUUUUUUUUUUCCCAGUUUUUUGGGGCGUUUGAUGUAUGUUUUCUUUUCUAUAAUAUUAAUAAUUUUGACUACUUAUU